AUGAGGCCCACGGAGGCUAUAGACGGAGAAUCUACGAAUUCCACCUCGUGUCUUGCGGCUUUGACUUUCUCCUGUCCACCACGCUGGGUGCCACAUAGAAGCGCGAUGAACGACACCGUCAGCGCCGCGCACGAGCAUAACACGCUAGCGCCCAUCCAUCUCAGACUCGCAAACGAGCACCUCCAUGAUAUCUUCCUUGCGCUAUCGCUCAUCGAUACCCCUUCGCUUAAUCGCCCUCAGGGAUGGUUCCUCUCAGUCAACGGUGUUUGCACACUCUGGCGCGAGAUCGCUCUCCAUUCCGCUGAGCUCUGGGCGCGUAGCGCCGGUUCGUUCCCGUCCCGGCGCAUGACCGAUCUUGCUAUCGCGCGCGCCGGCACAUCUCUCCUGAGCUUCACCGGGCAUUACGAGGAUCAUGAAGGUUCAGGCUACGUGCUUACCGAUUACCAAUUGUCACUAGUUGAGACGCACGCGAAGCGUCUGCAAUCAUUUGUCCAUGAUGAUUAUAAUGAUUGGUCGGGGAUGUUCUAUCGAGUGCGAAGUUUUCCUGAGCUGGUGACGGCGAGGAUAUGGGAUGACUCUGGUCCUGACAUGUGGAACGAGCCCAUAGACGCGCCGAAACUGGAAUGCCUAUAUCUGAACAACGCGCUGGUACCGUUCCGUGCGCCCGCACUUCGUUCCAUGCGCGUGGACAUGGACAAUACCGAUUGGCGGCGAAGACCAAACAUACCGCAAUCGUCGGAAGGUGCCAUGCCAGACACUUGCGCAGCAGUUCCGAGGGUCUUUCCCACUCGCGAUUUCAUUGAGCUUCUUCAGUACUGCCCUGACCUCGAGCGGCUUAUUGUCACCGAUAUGCCUCUUCUGAUGUCCGAAGGACUGCCUACAGUGUCUGCGCUGAACGCUAAGCUUCCUAAGCUUCGCGGCCUGCAUUUGGGAGGGAAGUCAGAAGCAUUGGGCGACUUCUGGCAGAGACUAGAUAUGCCCUCUCAUGCACAGGUCUUCGUCGAUACCGAGUUCUUCAGCACGUAUCUGGGAGACCGAACCGCAUUCGAACGAGACAUGCUAGCCAAGAUCGCGGAUCACUUGAAUUCGCCCGCGUACGACAGUUUCAAGCUUGGAAUGACGUUAUCCUACGAUCUCAUGUUGCAACUAUGGUCCUCGGAAACUCGUGGGGCGGUCGGGCUGGACAUGGAUACUUCUCUUGAGCUGGGCCCAGAAUCGGCGACGGGUGCCGCUUUCACGAUAAGAGUGCCAGUCGGUUCACGACAUUAUCUUGAAGAUUUUGUUAUGGAUGAGCCUGAAAUGUCUUCCUAUAUCAUGUGGAGUGCGCUGGGUGUGAAGAUGAAGGAUCCGUUCUUGAAAUACCAGAACGAGCUGGCCAGGGAGUUUCACUAUCGCGCCAGCACGCUGAUUCGGGAGUUCGCAUCAUCUACUCUCAAGUGCUUUGACUUGGUGGACCUUCCCUAUGUCGAACCCGAGAGUAUGUGGGGUGGCAUCAAUGAUCCAGAUAGGUAUCUCAACCGCCUAUCCUCGCGACAUGUGCCAGGGAUAGUGACUCCCGUGCUGUCCCGGAAUGUGACUAUCAGUUGGUCCUUUAUAUACCGCACGCUUGGAGACCAGACACAUUCCAUCGACGCUCGUCUCAAGAGGAUGCAGCAUAGAUUCUCUGAGUACGAAAAGAUCACGAUCGUCAAUUUCCCUUGUGCCCAUUUCGCAAGCUCAAAGCGACACAACCAGAAGCUUAAUGCGAAAGCUUGGGAUCUUUUACUACGCUAUUUUGAGUCAAAUAGACUCAAGCACUCGCUGAUUCUAUCCGAAUCAUCAUCCGAUAUGUCGAAUAUGGAGCGAUCCGAGGAUCCCGUUCGCGGAUGCACGGACCAGGAGUCCUACGCGGAUGCAAUCAGAGCCGUUACCGGGGAAGGUUAUCGGCGGAUCGCCCCUUUCAUUACAGGAUUUGAGGACAUUCGAAUGCAUAAUCUGCGCUCUUGA